AUGGUGGGGUAGAAAAAUUGUAGAAAAGCAAUGUUUGUUCUCACUAAGAAGCAAUUAAGCGCCUUGGAUCAACGCGAAACCAGACAUGUUGCAAUAACCAGAGACUCUCACCAGAAACGCCCACAAGAUAGCUACUGAUAUAGUGCCAUAUUUAUGUUUCAAAUGUGGGGCGGAACCGAUGUGAGCCUCUCAGUCGUUUCAUCUCAGAAAUACGUAUAUCUGUCAUCACACUCGUAUAUGGCCCAAUUUCGCUAUUAUUGGGAGAGGAUUAUAUGAUUUGAAUGAAGUUUUAUCCUGCUUCCUUAUCCACAGAGCCACAAUUCGCGUAACGUCCGCUUUCAGGUCCGGACUACCCCCUGUGCCAGUCGUGGUUCGUGUCUGACAGACAAUGCACGGCCUGUUUAUUGUAAGGCCUUUGAAUCAAGCGCCUUUUUUCCCGCCAGCUUACCCUUUCCCUAUUUGUGUUUUUGGCCAGCUGAUCGGGUAAGGUGAACAGUGGUGGUAAUCUCAAGAAUCAAAUCCGGUUUAAUCAGUAGUUGCCUAUCAGGGGAUACCCUGUCUGUAUACUUUUCCGGUGUGAAUUUUUUAUAUUCGAGCUUCCUGAAAAUUUCUUAACCAAAUUGUGUAUGUGUUCAUUAACAAUUGCUAAUUGAGAAAUUAAAGAAUACUUCGAGGACAGACUCAUUUGUUGACAAUGGUUCAGAUCCUUCAGAAAGUACGACUCGCGUCCGUUAGUGGUUCCAGGCUUACAAAACUUAGAGCUCACGAACCGCUCAUAUUAAACUGUCGAAAUCGGUGUACUGAAGUACUCAAUAAUUCGCUAUCUGGCUGCAGGCCCGUUGCAUUGGCCUACUCAUCAUUUGAGGAUACAAAAGUUGAGUGUAGACUUCCGCCUCUAGUCAUCAAUCAUGGACUUUUCGGAUCAAAAGGAAAUUGGAAGUCGCUUAGCAAGUGUUUCACUCAGAAAACCGGGACGAAGGUGUUUUGUGUUGAUGCACGCAACCACGGUGAUUCCCCCCACAGUCAAGAAAUGUCCGUACGCGAUAUGGCAGCUGACCUCGUCCGCUUUACAAAAGACAAUUCGCUGCCAAGAUGUAUAUAUCUGGGCCAUUCUCUUGGCGGGCGGGCUGUAAUGACACUUGCGUUAACCCAGCCACAACUCGUCGAUAAACUCAUCGUAGUAGAUAUAUCGCCGAACGUUCUUCCCAACACUAUCAACGGAGAAGCAAAGAUAGCUCUAUUAGCGAUGCAAGAGUCUCUAACAUAUUUAACUCCCGAUAUGAACAUUGCUCAAGCGCGGAGGGCGGCUGACGCGUUCAUGGAGCGUACGAUUAAGGGCUACAAUUUACGACAGUUCUUGCUCACAAAUUUACGGCGUGGUCGUGACCAUUUCGAGUACCAGAUUAACAUAUCGGCAAUCCAGGAAAACCUCGACAAGCUGCUUCGAAUGCCUCCUUUAAAAGGUGUUUUUGAGGGAGAUGUACUUUUUGUCCGCGGCGGUCAAUCGGGUUAUAUCAAGCGGAACGACUUUCCGCUGAUCAAACAAAUUUUUCCGAAAGCACAGAUCGAAACAAUUGACAAUGCUGCCCACUGGGUGCACGCAGACAAACCUACAGAAUUUCUCGAUCUCGUGUCUGAUUUUAUUUUGAAGAAAUAGAAAACAAAUUAGCUAUAUUUGAUGAAGAUCGUGGAACGCCUGCAGUUGAUCGAAUGUGGAGUCACUGACUGAAAUAUCAAAGACGCACGACACAGGAAGAACUUCGGAGCUUUUGAGCGCUAUGGAAUCCGUUGACUAUAAGCUAGAGAUCGUUGCCUACUUGUUAAAGCAACGAAGACUUUCAUAUACACACAAACCUUUAAAUGAAGGUGAUUACAUCAGCUGGCAACGGCAAAAACUAAUCAAUUUAUUUAAUGAUCUCACCGAGAUCAUUACGACAACGGUUGUAUUGCCUAUAAGCUCACGGGGGGGUGCCAUUGUCAUCGCAAGUGAAAAGGUACAGGUCGUAGAGACGGACGACAGCCAUAGCACCACCGGAAAUAAAUAGCGUUGGGCAUAUUGUUAACCAUCCUUCUCUUCUGUUGCACACCACAAACGGUAUAGAUAAAUAGGCAAAUGGGUUUUACAAGAAAUAAGUUAAUUGUUAAUGGACUGUUUGUUGUUGUUGAUUUCAUAGUGGUGCUAGAUAUGGGACAGCUGUAAAGAUUAAAGCGCACCACAGAUAGCCUAAUAAAGCCCCCGUACUUUGAGUUCCAAACGGGAACCUAGGCAAUAUAGCUCGCGUAGGAUUUAUCGAGUGCUGCCAUCUAAGCUGUCUGAUUUAAGAAGCCACACAUAUUUUGAGUGGACGACGGGCUGAAUUUGAUUAAUGGAAGAUUAAUAGUAAUAUUGUUAUUAUUGUAAUAAAGUAUAAUAAAUAAGUUAUA